AUGUCUCUUCUGCUGGGUCUGCUCAAUGCAAGCUCGUUUUUUCAGCUCGACGAAGUGGACGCGCAGUUUGUCAUGGGGAUCCCCUACGUGGUCGUCGGUUUUAUUAUGAUCGGACAGUCUGCCCAAGUUCCUGCAUUUGUCGCGAUUCGAGAUGUGUUCAAGAAGCAACGUCGAGCCAAUUUCUUCCGUACAGCGUCGUUUGUAGUGGCGACUUCGACCAGUCAGAUCCCUUUGGCUGUCCUCGAGACGCUGAUUUUCGGCUCCAUCAUGUACUGGAUGUGCGGCUUCGUGUCGACAAUCGAAGGCUUUGUAGUCUUCGAGCUCAUUCUGUUCCUCUCUAGUAUGGUGUUUGGGGCGUGGUUCUUCUUCCUAGCAGUUGUGUGUCCGGAUCUGAACGUGGCCAACGCGAUCACGUUGCUGUCCGACUUGCUCUUCACAAUCUACUCGGGUUUUGCGAUUACCAAAGGAGAGAUCCCGUCGUAUCUGCUCUGGAUCUACUGGAUCAGUCCAUUGACGUGGGGAAUUCGAGCGGUGGCAGUGAACCAGUACACGGAUUCUUCUUUUAAUGUGUGUGUGUAUCGAGACGUGGAUUACUGCGAGAAGUACGACAUGAUCUUGGGCGCGUAUUCGUUGAGUUCAUUCGACGUUCAGACCGAGAGAUACUGGCUAUGGGUGGGCGUCUUCGCGCUCAUCGCCAUCUACGUCGUCUUCAUGAUUAUGGCGUGGAUCGUUCUGGAAUACUGGUGCUACGAGAACGCUCCCAACGUGACGCUAAAAGUCGAGAACGAAGCAAGUUUCUUAAUUCCAGUGACGCUGGCCUUCAAGGACUUGUGGUAUUCCGUACCCGAGUCGGAGAAUCCCAAGACCAGUAUCAAUCUGCUGAAAGGUGUCAGCGGGUUUGCUCUACCUGGUACCAUUACGGCGCUUAUGGGGUCGUCUGGCGCCGGUAAGACUACGCUUAUGGACGUGAUCGCUGGAAGGAAGACCGGUGGAAUGAUUCGUGGCGAGAUUCUGCUUAACGGAUACCCAGCUACAGAUCUUGCUAUCCGUCGAGCUACGGGAUACUGUGAGCAGGUGGACAUUCACUCAGACGCUUCGACCUUCCGGGAGGCUUUAACUUUCAGCGCAUUUCUCCGCCAAGAUGCCGAGAUACCCGACGCUGACAAGUACAGCACGGUCGAUGAAUGUCUCGAUCUGUUAGACUUGCACUCCAUCGCCGACCAGAUCAUUCGCAACAGCUCAGCGGAGCAGAUGAAGCGACUUACUAUCGGCGUGAAGCUAGCAGCACAGCCCAGCGUCUUGUUUCUCGAUGAACCUACCAGCGGAUUAGACGCUCGGUCCGCCAAGCUCAUCAUGGACGGCGUACGCAAAGUAGCAGACACUGGACGUACCGUUAUUUGCACCAUCCACCAGCCGUCGGCUGAGACGGCGUUUUUCGGAGAUUUGGGCGAGAAUGCCUGGCAAAACCCUGCCACGUGGAUGCUAGAGGUGAUUGGUGCCGGGGUGGGUAGGAGUGACGACAAGUUCGACUUUGUGAAACGUGCGGCCAGUAACGUGACUCAAGCGAGAUUCCUCCUCAAGCGCUUCUUCGAUUUGUACUGGCGAACUCCAUCGUACAACUUGACCCGGUUCAUCGUCUCGGUCAUCAUCGGAGUGGCCUUUGGAAUCACGUUCAUUGACGCCCAUUAUUCCUCGUACCAGGGCAUCAACUCUGGCUUGGGGACAGCUUACAUGACGACGUCCUUCAUCACGUACAUCACGUUUAACGCUGUUUUACCCAUCACCUACCGAGAGCGAGCUUCGUAUUACCGUGAACGAUCAUGUGAGACCUACAACGCGUUCUGGUACUUUACGGGAUCGACGAUUGUGGAGAUCCCGUAUUGUUUCGGAGCGAGUUUUAUCUUCUUGGUAAUUUACUUCCCGCUGGUAAAGUUUACGGGUAUAGUGGAGUUCUUUUCGUACUGGCUCAACCUAUCCAUGUUGGUGCUGGUACAAGCAUAUUUUGGACAGUUGUUGGCCUAUUCGCUGCCUAGUAUCGAGGUGGCAUCGGUCUUCACGGUCUUAAUUGGCUCCAUCUGCACUUUAUUUACGGGUUUUAAUCCGCCGGCCAGCUCCAUUCCUCACGGUUACCAAUGGCUACAUCAUUUCGUUCCGCACAAACGCACCUUCUCCAGUCUGUCGGCUAUAGUCUUCAGAACAACUGUGAAAAAGUACUUGGAGGUAGUAUUCGAGGUGAAGCAUAGUGAUAUUUGGUCCAACUUCGCUAUCGUGGUAGGAUGGGCCGUAGGACUCCGUCUUCUCGCCCUCACAGCUCUCCGCUCCAUCAACUACCAAAAGCGGUAG